CUCUAAAUCCUCAAUUUUUUUGUUUUUGUUUUUUGUUAAAUUUUACAUGAUGGUUUUUUCUUUUCCUUUGAAUUUUAUGCAGGUAUAGCUUGAUAUCAGUUAUGGCAGAUCAUGAUCAAGAGCUUCCUCCCCCAAGUCAAUUUGUUCCUUUGGACUUCAGCUCAAUUCAAACUGUUCCUGAAUCUCACUUGUGGCCAGACUCCAAUGAGUUAUCGCUCGCGGUCGAGUUGGACGAAAGGGUUUCACUCCCGAUAAUUGACCUUCUCGACAAUGGUGCGUCGGAGCUCCUAGGGAGGGCAUGCGAGGAAUGGGGAAUGUUUCAAUUGAUUAACCAUGGUGUCCCGAAAACACUAAUCGACGAAGCGGAAGAGGAGACUCGACGCCUUUUCACUCUCCCAGCUAGACAGAAGAUGAAGGCAUUACAGUCCCCCAGCAGCAUCACCGGUUACGGCAUGGCCGGAAUAUCGAAGUAUCAUCCGAAAUUGAUGUGGCAUGAAGGAUUCACCGUGUUGGGUUCUCCAGUUGAUGAUGCUAAGAAGCUUUGGCCAAAUGACUACAAACGGUUUUGUGAUGUAAUGGAGGAGUAUCAAAACCAAAUGAAGGGUUUAGGAGAAAGGCUAAUUAGGUUAAUCUUCAAGUUUCUUCAUAUCUCCGAUAAAGAAAUGGUGAAGAUGUUGACUUCAACCUGCGACUCCGGCGGAAAACCCUACAUGGCUCUCCGCCUGAACUCAUAUCCACCGUGCCCCGAUCCAAGUCGAGUCGUCGGCCUCGCCGCCCACACUGACACCUCCCUCUUAACCAUCAUUCAUCAGGUACGCAGUGAUGGGCUCCAGGUCUUCAACGACGGAGCAGGUUGGGUUCCGUUGUCUCCGAUGAGUGGUACUCUCAUCGUCAACGUUGGCGAUAUCCUACAUAUUCUUUCAAAUGGGCGGUUUCCGAGCAUUCUUCACCGGGUGACGAUACAAGAAAAUAAGGAGCAUAGAUAUUCAUUGGGAUAUUUCUAUGAUCCACCAGCUGGUUUAUACAUUUCACCUUAUUGUAAGCCAUUGAGUGAAUCUCCACAGAUUCCUCUUUAUAGAUGUGUGAAUGUGCAAGAAUAUUUCACCAUCAAGGCCAGCAACAAGGGAAAAGGACUUUCUGCCAUAAAAAUAUGAUCUUUUAAAUUUAAACCCCUUUUUUUUGUCACCGUUUUCAGAAGGGUUUUCAAAUAAUAGGUUAAAUUUUGAUUUUCAAAUUUAAUGUUCGCACACAGCUUUGUAAUAAUUUGGAAACUUGUUGGCAAAUUAAAGGUUUAUUAUAUUUACAGCUUUACAUUUAUUUUAUGUGUUUGUCAUGUUUCUAGUUACUGUUUUUGAAGAUACAGAUGAUGUUUUUGUUAGAAUAU